GGAAUACCUCAUCUGGAGACUUCCAUGCGUUUUACGCUUUAUAUUCCACGGGGGCGGUCAUAUUAUGUGACAACAUGAACCGAAGUCUCACUUUCACUCCCGAAGAGCUCUCGAGGUUGUCACAAGAAUAUCUGGCCGAGGACCAUCACGAGGUACUUCAAAACACAAACAUUACGUUCACAGUCCUCGUAACUGUCACCUACAUUUUAUUCAAUGUAUCUCGGGGGUUCUACGCAGGUCGCAAUGGCUGGGAAGUCUGGACAUUAUACCCGUUCUCAUUCAUCUGCUGUCUGGGCAUCUGUAUCCAGACUUUUUUGAUGAUUUGCAUAGGGGGCGUAGGAAGGCACCGAGCGUACUGGGAACUCAACGACCCACCCGUCUUCGACACAUACCUUAAGCUGCAGACGGCGUUAGAGUUCAUUUACAUGGCCAAUGUCGCAUUUCCCAAAAUCUGUCUCCUAAUCCUGUACCUCCGGAUCGUGGAUGGCAAAGUCAAGCUCAUCACCAAGAUCACGAUGGGAGUCGUAAUCACCAACUACAUCGUCUCCAUCCCCACCAUCGUCGUUCUCUGUCGGCCGUUCGCCUACAACUGGGACAAGACGAUAGAUGGCCAUUGCGUGAACAUGAUGGACGUUUUUCGCUAUGUUAGCUUACCGAAUAUCGUCACGGACGUAGCUAUUGUAGCCAUACCUUUCCCUAUGCUUUACAAAUUGCAAGUAAGCAGAGAACGCAAAGUCGGGUUGUUCGUCACCUUCCUGGCAGGGGGGCUUGGAAUUUUCUGCGCUAUCAUUCGAUUCGUCGAGUACAUGCGCGAGGACUGGACAUAGGAUCCGACGUACGG